GGGGCGGGGUCACGGUGACGGCGCCGCUCGGGUUGUGCGCUUGCGGAAGGGCGACGGGGCAAGGGCUCCAGGGAUUCCUGAGCUAUCCCUAGGCCUUGCUGGAGACACGGAGUGGGUGCUGAUUGCAGAGGUCAUGAAGAUUAACCAGAACACGGUGCUGCAAGGAAAGAGGGCAACCCUGGUGCCAUACACGUCUGCACAUGUGCCCCGGUACCAUGAGUGGAUGCAGUCAGAGGAGCUGCAGCGCCUGACAGCCUCGGAGCCCCUCAGCCUGGAGCAGGAGUAUGAGAUGCAGCGCAGCUGGAGGGAUGAUACAGACAAAUGUACCUUCAUUGUGCUGGACACGGAGCGGUGGCCUGGGCAGGCGGAUGAGGACUGCAUGGUGGGGGACGUGAAUCUCUUCCUCACUGACCCUGAAGAUCCAACUUUAGCUGAGAUUGAAAUUAUGAUUGCAGAGUCCAGCUACCGAGGCAGAGGAUUUGGCAAGGAGGCAACUCUGAUGAUGAUGUCCUAUGGUGUGAGAAACCUGGGGAUCACCACAUUUGAGGCUAAGAUUGGCCAGGAGAACGAAGCCAGCAUCUGCAUGUUCAAAAAGCUCCAUUUUAAAGAGGUUGCUGUAAACAGCAUUUUCCAGGAGGUGACACUGAGGCUGGAUAUCAGUGACCAGGAAAGACGAUGGCUCCUAGAACAGACAAACCAUGUGGAGGAGAGGAACUACAUUGAACUGAAGCUGCAAGCUGAGGUGCUGGAGACCUGAUGGACACAUCCAGACCCUGGCCUUGUUUCCAGGGAGGAGCUGGACACUGUUGUGAGCUCUGGGUGUGGAGGACACCAGUGAGCCAGCACUGAGCUUGACUGUUUCAUGUCUCUUGGGUUACUUUGUCAUCUUGUCAACUUUGCACCUUGGUGAACCAGUUGGGGUUACUGCUUGAGACUGGGACCUGGAAAACAGCCACUAAUUCACAGGCUUGAGAAGGAAUGACUCUAACCUCAACAUACUGCUCCAGCAGAGCCUCAAAUCACCAGCAGUCAAUUGAUUUCUGGUGCCACCAGUUUGUGGGCAAGCAGCACCUGCUGUUCCUUUUCCACUGCCCUUGGAGCAGGAUUUGCUGGUUAGACAUAGGCAGGCUCAGUCAGUUUUCUCUUGAGUUAAAGAGAUGACAAAGACCUGAGAGGCAGUGGGGCUGGGCUGCUCACUUUGACUGCUGUAAAGGACAGCAGAGACUCUGAACCCUAUUUUCUGGGGUGCAGGGGGGCACUGUGGGGUCCUGGAAUUGGGAAGCCCACGUUUUGUAUGUGAUGAAAACUAUUGAUAUCAGCCAACUGAGACGAGAGCAGAGCCCUGCCAGGAUCAAUCCCUGCAAACAGGGGGACUGGCAGCUACAGGACCUGGGAGCCUGAGGCCACCAGUGAAGAGAUACUGCACUGUUUGACCAGGCUGCUUUUAUGAGAGCAGGGAGGAGGGAGAACACAACUGAAAGGAGAUGGAAUAGUGAUCCCAUUCUUCAAGGGCCUCCGGACUUGCUCUGCUGAGCCUGAAGUCUCCGUUUGGUGCUCUCCAGUAACAUGAAUGGGGGGAACAAAUAUCACUUGCUGGGUAAAGAUGUGUUUCAAGCAGGAGCUUGCCUGCUAUGGUGGAGCUGCGGUCCGUGGCUGACGAGGAGGCACUUGCCUGACUCCCCCUGGACAGAGCUUUUAAUGCAGUUAUUUAGCCUGACCCUUCCUGCCCUGCACAGCGUGUUCUUCACAGCGGGGAAACUUGCUGAGAGCAAGAGGAUGGAAGGAAAAGAGGAUAACUGACGCUCCUGUGUGUUUUCCUGCUGGAACAGCAGCCGUAAAUGGCUAAUUCUAGACCCCAAAUUAUGUGUGCCAGUUACACAGUAUCAGGUAACAGCUUCCAGAUUUGCCCAGGGAUGUUUUUAUCAGACUGUGGAAUUUUUAGUGUUACUGUGCCUGUAUUUUUAGGGCCUGGGGGAUUUAGUCCUCCAAUUUUAGUUAAACACAUCUUUCCUGUGACUAAUAUUAAAACCAAGCGUGGGAGCAGUGCA